UUACCCGACACCUUUCGUCCGAGACGAGCGUGUCGGACGCCUCGGUCUUCGCUCGCCGCCAUGUUGUGUGCCGCCAAGCGUGGCGAGUGAAGGCUCGAGCAAGGGCAGAAACAGGAACAGGAGCAGGAGGAGGCGUGAGGGAGCAGCAUGGAGGGCAGCUUUGACACCGAGGAGAGUUUUGACGACCCGUCGUGUCUCUCCCCGCAGCCGCCCGGAUCCGUGUCGCCCGCCCGGAGGCGAGUCCAUGAGGUGAAGGACACCAAGACCACGAUCAACGGCGUGACGUUCCCGCUUCCCGGAGAAGGGCCUGAGCAGCAGCUGCUCAAACCCAACGAAUGGAGCUACUGCGAUUACUUCUGGACGGACAAGAAGGACCCUCAGGGGGCCACGUCGGUGGGGGGCUUCGAGGUUCUGCUGCAGAAGCAACUGAAGGGCAAACAGAUGCAGAAGGAGAUGGCCGAGUUUGUCCACGAGAGGAUCAAGAUUGAGGAGGAGUAUGCCAAGAACUUGUCCAAACUGUCCCUCAGCACUCUAGCAGCACAGGAAGAAGGAACUCUGGGAGAAGCUUGGACUCAGCUAAAAAAGAGUCUGCACGACGAGGCUGAAGUCCACCUCAAGUUCUCCAACAAGCUUCACUCAGAGGUUGAGAAACCUCUGCUGACGUUCCGAGCCGACAACUUCAAGAAGGACCUGAAGAAGUACGACCAUCACAUCGCAGACCUCAGGAAACAACUCGCCAGCCGAUACAUCGGCGUCGAGAAGGCCCGUAAAGCUUUGGCUGAGCGUCAGAAGGAUCUGGACGUCAAGACGCAGCAGCUGGAGAUCAAACUCAGUAACAAGACAGAAGAAGACAUCAAGAAGGCUCGCAGGAAAUCCACACAAGCAGGAGAUGACCUUAUGCGCUGCGUUGACCUUUACAACCAGGCUCAGUCCAAGUGGUUUGAAGAAAUGGUGACCACCAGCAUGGAGCUGGAGAAGCUGGAGGUGGAUCGCAUCGAGUGGAUCCAGCAACACCUGAGGCAGUACACGACGUUGAGGCACGAGACGGACAUGUUCAACCAGGGCACGGUGGAGCCGGUAGACCAGCUACUGCAGAAGGUGGACCCGGCCAAGGACCGAGAGCUUUGGGUCCAAGACAACAAGACGGGCCACGUCAGGCCCGUGGACUUGGACAUCUGAAGCCUAGAGACAGCCAGAACCAGAACCAGAACAAGCAUGUUCCUAGUACAUGUGAACCCUGCUCGCUGCUUCUUCUAUUCUACUUCUGCUGUCGUGACAAACGUUUUAGUGUCUUGUUUAAAAAAAAAAAAAAAAAAAAAAAGUCUUGAUAUUAUUCUCUUUUAUUUUUGGUUAUCAAGAGGAACUUGUGAUGGAAUAUUUUAAGAUUUUCAAAAAUGGCUGCUGGAAACGCAUGCUUGGAAAACCUGGACGGGAGGCAGGAAAAAGUUGGAAGGCAUCACACUGGAAAACCUUCUUGUGCCUCAAGUGUUUGUAAGGAACCUGGGAGACCACAUGAACCGGUUGAAUUUUUAUGUCGGGCUCACAAGUUACAACACGUGCGCACCACUUAUUUAGCCAUACAGACAAGCAAGAACGUAAGGCGCGGGUGUGAUUUAGCAAGUUGCGCAUGCGAGAUUCGUAAAAGCAGCGGGCGCGACUGACUAAUUCGUGCGUAAGCCAUACAUAAAGCGCAGGUACGUAAGGUACGGGUGUGACGUGCUAAGUUACGUGCGCGAGAUUCGCCAAAGCCACAGGUGCGGCUUACAAAUUGCCGCGUGCAAAAUAUGUAAAAAGCAGGAAUGACUUACUAAUUUGUGUGUGCGAGAUACACAAGGUGAGGGUGCGACUUUUACAAGUUGCACACAUGACUUAUGUAUCUCACAAGUGUGACUUUCAAAUAUGAAAAGAACAUCAAAUAAAUAAAUAAAACAUUCAUGUGGUCUUUUCCAGGAUCCAUAGUUCGCUAACAUUUUCUACUGUUUUAUUUUUGCUAUGUAUACAGUCCGGUGGCGCACCCUAGUUGGUUGUUAACUUUAAAUGCAUAUGCAGUGCGUAUGUGUGUGUGUGUGCGUGCGUGUGUGUGCAUGCGUGUGUGUAUACAUUUUGCUUUGUGCGUUCUAUUUGGAUGCUGUAUUGCACUCCAUCCAUGUCAUGGUCCUUUCUGAUCACUUGUUGUGUUUUGUUGUUGUGUAUCCAAUGUUUGAAAGAUGUUCUCCGCAACUUUCCCGCCCUCGUGUGCUUUCCGUCUCAUGUUUUUGGGAAUGUUUUUGGUGAGCACAUUGUGGAAUGCAUCCUGUCCGUCAUAUUAAUAGUAAAUAAUAAUUUAAAAGAAUAAUAAAGCUCCUCUUGGAAAAGUCAA